AUGGCGUCAGCCUUUCGAAGGCUUGUCAGGGGUCGGUUUGCAGGCUCGUUUUCGGAUUUGGUGUGGUCUUUUUUUGAAAAGUGUCUUUUGAGGGUUCCUCGAGUUAGGGCUUCCCUGUUCUGGGUACAGACGCUGGGUGGACAGGAGGACAAGGGCAACGCUGAGGUCAAGUUCAAGCAGAUCUCAGAGGCCUACUGCACCUUGCAGGAUCCCCAGAAGAGGAAGCUCUACGACAGCUUUGGCAAGUGCGGCAUGCCACGCAGCACCAAGGGUGAACGGUUCAGUGUGGAGGAGAUUGACUUCCUCUUCGGUGGCUUCCCAUCCUGCCAGUCGGGUUGCAGCGACAAGAUCUUGGGAGGUCUUGGGAAAACCCUGGACCUACAACAGAUCUUCAAUGCUGUUAACAAAGGCGGUAGCGAACGCAAGCGCCAGCGGAAGGCCUCAGCAGACCCAUCGAACCCAUUUGCCCUUCCCCCUGGGAAGAUGGUCACGGUUCAUGGCCUGACCGAGGCAGUGCAGCACAAUGGGAAGAAGGCACAGGUCUUGUGCUAUGAUGCCGAGACAGGCCGGUAUGAUGUGAAGAUGAGGGCCGAUGGCGCAGUGAUCAGUGUGAAGCCAGAGAAGUUGACCCAGCACUGCGCGAUCACGAUUCGUGGCCUGGCAGCACAGCCGCAGCUGAAUGGGUGCUUGGCCGACAUCGUCGGCUUCCAGCCGGAGUCGGGCAACUAUGUCGCCAUCCUGCGCAGGGGCUCCAGGAUGAUUUCCAUCUCGCCUCGCAACUGCACCUUGGUGGGUGGAACCUACGUCAAAAUCCUGGGGCUCCCAAGCGGCGACAAGCUCGACAAGCUCAACGGGACGAUGGCACUUGUUCUCGAAGCAGACCUCGAUGCUGGAUGCUAUUGUGUGAAAAGCUGCAACGGGGAGGAAGUCCGAGUCAAGUACGACAACGUGCAGUGCUGA